GCCCGCUCUCCUUGCUCAUCUUCUCCCUUUGCAAUCUUCGCGGCUUUCAUCCACUUCAGCGCCGCCUCAUCACAAAGAUAGCGUGACGGCGCCUUUGCAAUGUCGACCCAAGAUCACCACGCUGCUGGCGGCUCUUCGCGCAAGAUGAAGCGCAAGGCCGGCCCAGGCGCAUCAGCGUCCCGUCAUGCCAAUCACCAACAGCACCAUCAGCAACAGCAGCAGCAUCAACAGCAGGGCAGGCCCUCUGCAGGUCAGCCCAUGAACAUGCAUCCGCCCCUCCAUGGUGGAGCAAUGGGAUGGGGAUCCGCCUUUGAUGACGAUCAAACGGAUUUCGUCCUUGAUGAGAUGGACAGACUCACACCGCGAGACCUCGCCGUAGCCCGAUUCAGGCGCAAUCACGAGCUCAUGGAGGGCAUCUUCGAUGAGCGCAAGAUCGCCAAACUCGUCCCACCCCCCUCACCCUACUCAGUCCUCUCCCCCGAGAGUUUGCGCAUCCAAUUGCGCAAGGCUCAAGAGACCGCAGAAGAGAUGACCAAAGUUCACGCAGAGCGUCUAGCUUCCCUGCGCGAGUCUCUCAACCCAGAGCGAAUCGAGGCCGACCUUGAGCAAGCCCGCAAACGCGCUCGUCAAGACGAUGAGAGCGCUGAGCCUUGGGCACGAGCCCCUGGAGAGGGCAGGACGCUGGCACGCGGCGGACUCGUGUAUGUGAGAGCGAGGACACCUGAGCCUGUGAGGAGGGAGAGGCUUUUGGAGCAGCACCAGCUCAGUCGGGUGCUCCUCAACAGCAGCAGCAGCCCGCCGAGAUGGUUCCAUCGCAGCCUGCAGCAGGGACCGCAGUCGAGCCCUCUGCUGCAGCAGCCAAUUCAGAGGCGCCCAUCGCGGACAGCCAAGACAAGGGCGAAGACGUCAUCAUUGUACAGAACGAGAACGCCGAUGGAACAGCAAAGGAGAGUGGGGAAGGUGGAGAGGAGGCGGACGCAGAUGCAGAUGCAGAGGACGAAGACGGCGACGAGGGAACAAAGCUCGAUCAGCCUGAGGCCCUUGCGACGGAGGCAGAGGCUCUCACUCACCCACUAUCUGCUGAGGCGCAGGCUGCUUCGAAAGAGCAGACCGAGGGUGGGAAGGGGCAACAGCAGGAGGAAUCAACGCCCGCCGAGGCUAUGCAGCAGGAUGAGCCCUCCUCUGAGCUUACAGCCAUGAGCACUCAGGAGGCAGCGCCCGCUGCUAUCCCCGCAGUCCCUGCGCCCGUUGAGCAGAGUGCCGCACCUGCUCCUGGUGAAGCCAGCAUCGAGACUGGUGCAGACGAAGAUGUGGGCAUGAAGGCUGCCACGCCAUCGAAGGAGGCUGAGAACGCCGUUGAUGUGGGUGCGACGGAGGCAGGCGCGCCAAGUGAUGCUGCCGCUCCUGAUGCGCCCGCUCAGUAGAUGUCGUGACAUGCUCUUGUACUAGUAAAAUCAGCUGAAUCGAUGCGACCAUCUCGUCUCGUCCG